AAGUCUUCAUUUCGAGACAUAUCAACAUUCAACAAGGUCUAUCUAGCCAUCCCUAAGUCUGUCGAACGCAGCAAUAAUCUAGAUCGUUUUCUCGCAAUACGUCACAAAGAAUAUCGUCAAGUCGCUUCCAGCCGGUCCCUACCUCCUGUAGAUAGCUUAACGGCUGUUGAAAAUACGAAAAAAAAAGAACUAUACUUUCCUGCCUUUUUUGAGUUCCUUAAAUUCAGUGGACUGUUUCGUAGCCAAAAGAAUUCUAAUGUCAUUGCUUCUGAUCGAGGAGAACAGGUCUCUUAUUUCGUUGUGUUGACUUCAAGCGAUGACGAGGAUAGCGAUUGUACUGGCCAUACCCCCAAAGUGCAGGGGGUGAUCGGAUCACCUCGAGUCACCAAACUGACGACUAGUGAACACGUGAAGAGUAAUCAGAAACACACAAACAAAUCCCAAAAUAAACAGGCGAAGUAUGGCUAUUUAACUUUUAUGGUUUGCUAA